AUGAACUUUAUGCCCGAAACAAUUGAUAAUAAAACGUAUGUUGGAUCAUUUGUGCCUGAGUUCCAACAACCCAUUUCAGAAGACUUACAGAAAACUACCUCUUUCGUUGAGGGAUCUUGUGACUCCCUUGAAGGAUUUGGCACCCUAAACUCGCCCUCGGCAGAAACAGACUUCAAAAGAAGCGACACCUGUUUCGAGGAUCUGGACGGAAACGCAGAAACCUCAGUUCCAGAGUCAGAUUUCGUCCCAGAGUAUUUUGACAUUUAUGGGCAAAAUGAACCAUUUAACAAGGUCUAUUCAACUUUUGUUACCAAGCCAAAAUGGGAACAGGAGUGUGAAGUUUCCCAGGAUUACCAAAAGGAGAAACAGGAUACAACAACCACGACCUCAGAUUCGGGGUUCAAGGUCAUGCCAUUUAACUCCAAAACGCUAUUUUUUGAGGACGAUUUCCGGUACGUAACAUCGAAAAUGCUGAGUUACCCGAAGAACACGAACUCAAAUUCUGAUUAUUGGGACAAAACUGACACAUCUGGCAUGCCCACGUCAAACUACCUAUUACAACCAGCAUACAAACAGGAUUCUGGAAAGGAAUUUUACAAUUUUCCUCAUUUUACGAAGGAAGAUCUGAUGGAUAAGGCUGAGCUGGCAUCGACGUCCUUUGCUCAAAUAACAAACACCAUGGCUAAUUUAAACACUAAUGGAAAUAACAGUGUGCCAAUGGCUACAAACAAUUUAGUGAACCAAAGCGUGAUUGAUAAUUCUCUAAAUCAAAAUUUUCAUCCUAAUAACCUCGUCUCUAAUAUGGGACCAUUUUUUCUUAACACACACGACGUUAAGAGACCGCUUUUUCUAAACACGUCCAUGUUUAACACGGGCCUUCUUCUUGACUCUGAUUUGUACCUAUUCCCAACCUUGACUAAUAAGUGCUAUAACCUGAUUUCUAAUUACCAAAUUGCCACCAAUUACUGCGUUUAUAUUGGUGCAGACUACAACAAAUUAGUAUGCACGUGCAACGUUGUGAGACCAAAUGGGUCAAAUUCACACUCAGUGAACUGCAACGUUGUGGCUGCAGGAGUGGAACUAUCCACCGAGUCGUGGCCAGUCUGCAAAGCCUCACAAAUGUACUCCCUCAUUAACCGAUGGGACAAGAUACUUAAGAAGUAUAGAAAACUUCAAAGCAGUUCUGAAUACUCCUUUUAUUUACCUGAGGACUACAAGCCUCCAGUUUACGUGGGACUGGAUGAAGAUAAGAACGAGAGGGCCAAUUUAACUUCAAACCUGGUUAAUUAUAAUCCGGAACACAUGAAAAACGCAAACAGUCUGAUUUCAGAAAUCACUGGAAUUAAGUUGAAUGUGGACAAUUCUGACCAGUUUUCACUUAGAAAUGCAGUUUCUGAGCUCCUUCGAUCAGAAGAGCCGUCAAAACGGAGAAAAACAAAGCACAAGAUUGACUUGUCAUCCAAAUUCUCCAGGGAUUCUGACCUGUCGAGCAUAGCCUCAACUACGGACGGCGACCCAAAGAACGAGCGCAAAGAUCUUCACCAACAGGGCACAGAAAAGGUCAGCGGAGUGUGGUAUGACACAAACAGACACCUCUGGAGAGUUGUUUACAUGAAGGGAAAUAAAAGGAAAACGCAAGGCUUUAGCUCACUCAAGUUGGGUUACGAGGAAGCUAGAAGAAAAGCCAUUCAGAUGAGGCACGAAAUGGUUGCACUUAGACAUAAUGAUAAGAUUUAA